AGCACAUUUUCCAGGAAGUGUGGGCUGAGACAAUUGUGUGCUCUUAACUAAUCCUGAGUAAGGUAACCACUUUGACAGUCUUCUCAUGCUGCCUCUGUCACCUUCUUGGUUAGAAGACACCAUUUCAACUUCAACCCAGCAUGAUCGAAACGUACAGCCAACCUUCUCCGCGAUCUGUGGCCACUGGACCGUCUGUUAGCAUGAAAAUUUUUAUAUAUUUACUUACUGUUUUUCUUAUCACCCAGAUGAUAGGGUCAGCUCUUUUUGCUGUGUAUCUUCAUAGAAGGUUGGACAAGAUAGAAGAUGAAAGGAAUCUUCAUGAGGAUUUUGUAUUCAUGAAAACGAUACAGCGAUGCAACAAAGGAGAAGGGUCCUUAUCCCUACUGAACUGUGAAGAAAUUAGAAGCCAGUUUGAAGGCUUUGUCAAGGACAUAGUGUUAAACAAAGAGGAGACGAAGAAAGAAAUAAAUUUUGAAAUGCAAAAGGGUGAUCAGGAUCCUCAGAUUGCAGCGCAUGUUGUAAGUGAGGCCAGCAAUAAAUCAGCAUCUGUUCUACAAUGGGCUAAAAAAGGAUAUUACACCAUGAGCAACAACUUGGUAGAGCUUAAAAAUGGAAAACAGCUGACCGUGCAAAGACAAGGACUCUAUUACAUCUAUGCCCAAGUUACCUUCUGUUCCAGUCAGGAACCUUCACGUCAGUCUCCAUUUACAGCCAGUCUCUGCCUGAAGUCCUCCAGCGGAUCUGAGAGAAUCCUGCUCAGAGCGGCCAAUGCCCACAGUUCCUCCAAAUCUUGCGUGCAGCAAUCCAUUCACUUAGGAGGAGUAUUUGAAUUACAAGCACAUUCUUCAGUGUUUGUCAAUGUGACUGAUGCAAGCCAAGUGAGCCAUGGGACUGGCUUCACGUCUUUUGGCUUACUCAAACUCUAAACAGUGCUACUGCACAGACUACAGCUGAACUCAUGCUGGUGGUCUUUGUAACACAGUGAAGCAGUUAAAAGCACCCCCUGUUGAACUGCCUAUUUAUAACCCUAGGAUCCUCCUGACGGAGAACUAUUUAUUAUAUACCCUAAGGCAUGCAGGGCUGUAAUAAAGGUAUUACAGGGUAAGUGAAACCCUAAGAGGCCUUGCUUCAUAAGAGUUUGUAUUCUGUAGCAGCAAGCCCACUGAUGCAGACAUUCAGAUAAUCCUAUGAAAAGACAAGGUCAUUAUGCACAGAUAGAAUUCUGAGUAAACCGCAGAGAACUAGCCAAGUUCCGUUUUGUUUCUCGAUGCAUGGUGUCUUUCAGUGGAUAAUCUAACUGACUUAUCAAUGAAGAUGCAGAAGGGAAAUGGGAAGGUUCAGCCUACACUUAUCAUUGACUUUGGGCCCCUGUGGCCCUGAUGGAGAAGGCCAGGUUCUAGAAAAUCUACAGCAGUGAACUCAGAAAGUCUUCCCCCACACCACCAUUCUAAUACACCUUCAUUCUCUACUCAUCGUUUUCAAUCUCUCUCUCUCUCUCCAUGUGUCUCUGUCUCUGUUUCUCUCCCUUUCUCUCUCAUACACACACACACCCCAUUGUUGAUUAGUUAUCUUAUUUCUACCUUGUCCCUACCUUCAGCACUGUGGAUGGGGGGGCAGGAAAACAUCUCUGAGCCUGUGCACUCCUUAUCGUGUAAUGACUGUAUUUACUGUAUUUAAAGGAAACGUAUUGUAUCUACCUGCAGUCUCUGUUGUUUCCAGGGUGACCUUGUGAUUAUCUUGUUAUUUAUUUUUUGAAUAAUAAAGAUCCUUAAACAUUA